UACAGCUUGGCAUAGCAACCAUCUUUCUGAAAAGACUAAAGAAGAGCAAGAGAGAAAACUCUAUUAAUGGAUGCCAAAGCUGAUCAAGCUGCUGCGCCAUUGCGUUCCUACAGAGAAUUCGAACCCUUCUGCGAAUGGGAAAGGAAGGAAGACAAGGACACUCUUUUGGUUCAACUCCCUCCAGGAUUCAAGAAGGAUCACCUGAAGGUACUGGUGAGCAAUCAAGGACUAGUAAGGUUUUCUGGAGAAUCCCAAGGUGAUGGAAAUACCUGGAACCGUUUCCAUAGGGAAAUUCGCGUUCCAAAGAACUGUAAUAUGAAUGGUAUUCAAGCUAAGUUUUUGCGUGGUAAUCUUCAUAUCAUAAUGCCCAAAAACAUAAACUCCACAGCGGCGCAAGAUCAAGCUGCGCCACCAGUCGGAGAAUCUCAAGAACAAGGAAAGGCAAAACCCAAAGAAGAAAAGGGGGAGGGUGAUGAAAAAGCAAAAGUAGAUGAAUCAAGAAACGCUGAGGGUAGAAAUGGGGUGGUAAGCAGUACUGGUUCCAGGGUGAAAAUGGGCUUCCUGGUGGUUGCACUAGUGGUGGCUUUUGGAGCUUAUGCAGCAUACAAUUAUCAGUACUUCAUCAACUGGACUGAAAAGUAAACUCAAUCCUGAUUUGAAUCUGUAUCUGAUUGUGGUCUAACGUAUUGAAAUCAAUAUAUUUAUGGGUCA